AUGUCUGCUCCAGCAUCCUCCACACCGCGAGGCACUGCCCCAAACGCCUCCCAGAUUACCGCGUCCGUGAUCAAGUUCCGCUGCCUCUAUACCCACGACCUCCGUCGCAAGUCCAAACGCUGGCAAGAUGGCUACCUCCGCUAUCACGCCUUCAACAGGCGCAUAAUGGUCUAUGAUGACCAAGGGAACUACAUUGGCGAUCACCACUGGCGGUCCGCGGAUGAGGUGCAGGAUGGCGAUGAGCUUGAGCUGGACAUGGGCGCGUUGAUUCAGGUCGGUGAACGCAUGAGCACGACACAGGCCGAUAUUUCAAACCUGUUUGACAAGAAAAAGUCCAUUCAGGGGUCACCGACCUCGACUAGCUCCACCUCUCUGUUUCAGGGACCAUCGCGUACCUCAACGCCCGUUCGCUCAUCUGGCUCAUCACAGACUUUUCGCUCCUUGAAUGACCUUCUCGGUAUCAAGAAAACACAAAUUGGGCGUUUGAUCUCGCCUUACGAAGAACGUCACCCACCGGCCCCAUCGCCAGAUACACCAGAAUCUUCAGAACGAGCGCUCAAGCGACAGAAAGUAUCUUCUUUCGCAAGGCAUCCAGACGAAAGGGGUACCUUUACUAAGAGAACAUCCCAGGCCGAGGUGGUGGACUUGACGGAAGCGGAUGGGCUCUCUGCGAGGCAGACCCAGAAUCAUCUUCCAACAAAAGAGAUACACAGGGUUCAGAAAGAGUCCGCGUCGAAGGCGCAGUCUGGUGCAGGCAAAUCGAGAGACACCGAAGAAACCCCAGGAUCCUCGAAGGUUGAUCCUCCGGUCUUCAAAAAGCCUGCUGUACCAACUCCACCAGACCCAAGCAAUCAGGUCACAGAGGCAGCCACUUCAACAAAAAAGCCAACCACAACUACAACGACCAGGGAUGCACCGUUCGAACUAGGUGCUCGCAAUGCCCGGCACCCCUUACCUGCCAACCCUCCAAGACAAAGCUCGGAAAAUGGUCCUUUAAAUGCGCCAAUUAAGACCUUGCGAAUGGUUUCUGGAAAGCCUAGGCGAAAAUUAAUGUACAGCGCGUUGAUCCCAACUGAUACAUCACAGAAGUCGACACCAAAAUCCUCCUUCUCAUCACCUACUAGCCGAAGUCAACCAUUAUCAGAUCCCUUGGAGUCGCAGUCAGUACGUACUUGGCAAGUACCCAAUUUCAGAGGCUAA